GGGGCCCGUUGUUCCGGCGCAGGUGAGGGAGGAGGCGGCGAGGGACGCGGGUCACCUCCUGCGGCCCUCGCCCAGGCGAGCGGCUCUCCGCAGGAACUUUCUUCCCGACCCAAGUUGUUCUAUUUACCAACAAACCCACCGGGGAGCGUUUCUAUUUGCUGCCGUGGUGCCUCUCUCGGCCGUCAUCGCUUGCCCGAGGGGGAAGCGCGUUGGGGGGGGGGGGGGCGGCCAGGGCCGCAGGAGGACUAGGGAGAGGCAUUUUGCUGCUUUCGUGGAAGCCGGCGCAUGCGGCGAGCACCCCCAAACCCUCGUAGCCGAGCCGUGGCUCGCGCUUUCAGGGGACCCAGCCCCGACGACACACGAAAAAACCACCGUGGGGAAGUUUCGGGGCUCCCCGUUGUCCUACAAAGGGAAGUGAGGACUGUGGCUGAACUACUAUUGCCCAGAAGAAAAGAUGUUUGGUUUUCACAAGCCAAAGAUGUACCGAAGUAUAGAGGGCUGCUGUAUUUGCAGAGCUAAGUCCUCCAGUUCUCGAUUCACUGACAGUAAACGCUAUGAAAAGGACUUCCAGAGCUGUUUUGGGUUGCAUGAGACUCGUUCAGGAGACAUCUGUAAUGCCUGUGUCCUGCUUGUGAAAAGAUGGAAGAAAUUGCCAGCAGGAUCAAAAAAAAACUGGAAUCAUGUGGUAGAUGCAAGGGCAGGACCCAGUCUGAAGACAACAUUGAAACCAAAGAAAGUGAAAACUUUAUCUGGAAACAGGAUAAAAAGCAACCAGAUCAGUAAACUACAGAAGGAAUUCAAACGUCACAAUUCUGAUGCUCACAGUACCACCUCAAGUGCCUCCCCAGCUCAGUCUCCUUGUUAUAGUAACCAGUCAGACGAUGGCUCAGAUACAGAGAUGGCUUCUGGCUCUAACAGAACGCCAGUUUUUUCCUUUUUAGAUCUCACGUACUGGAAAAGACAGAAAAUAUGUUGUGGGAUUAUCUAUAAAGGCCGUUUUGGAGAAGUUCUCAUUGACACACAUCUAUUCAAGCCUUGCUGCAGCAAUAAGAAAGCAGCUGCUGAGAAGCCGGAGGAGCAGGGGCCAGAGCCUCUGCCCAUCUCCACUCAGGAGUGGUGACUGAGGUUUAGGUAGAAGGGGAACAAAAAAACGAUUUAAAUUUUGGAAAGAAAACAAAGCAACAAAACCCUCCUAUUUUUAACUUGGAUACCUGCUAUUCUGCCAAAAGACACUUUCUAGAAUAGUUUUGAAUGGGUUGUUAUUUCUCCUCCAGUUCCACAAACUCUGAAGCCAGUGUCUAGCUUACUAAAAGAAAAAAAGUGUACAUAAUAUUUAAGAUGCUGAGUAUUUCAUAGGAAAGCUGAAUGCUGCUGUAAAGUGCUCUUUAAGUCUUUUUUUUUUUUUUUAAUCCCCUUCUAAUGAAUGAAUCUAGGGGAAUUUCAGGGGACAGAGAUGGGAUUUGUUGUAUGAUAAACAUAUGUAGUUUUAGUCUUUCUAUAUUGAGAAGCAGUGGUUGGGGCAUUUUUAAGAUGGCUGGCUAUACUUGUUUUCCUUCAUGAUAAUAAAUUUGUCAUAACUCAGUAACGUGGACUUGCCCCAAGAGGUAGUUGUUAAUAAUUUAAGGUCUUGCCAAGGUUCUGAUGAUUCAAACCUGUACUACUGAAUAUUAAGCAGGACAGACUAAGCUCUCUGGUGCAAAUGCCUUGAAGGAGUAGUUUCUAAACAUACAGAGAGGUAACUUGAGUGUAUAUGUUGCAUCCUCUGUCACCUCCCUCCAUAUUCAUUUUUGAUAAAGAUUUUAAUCUAUAUUGAAACUUCUAAAGCAGAAUCAAAGCUCCUCUGGGGAAAUGUCAAGUUUUAGGAUGAGCAAUCCUAAAUGAAGAGAACCAAAGCAUUACCGCAUGGUAGAGAUCACAUUCUAUUAAAAAUGUUAAAUUAUCUUUAAAAAUGUCCAAGUCUUCAGGAUGGCACACACAAAAAAACAAAGGUUAAUGCUUCUUGGGGCACAUUUCUUAGAGGGCUUGCUUAGUGUGUAAAUAAUUGACUUUUGUUUGUGUUACAUGACUGGUGACUUCAUUGAAAAUCUGCGCAAUUCAGUUUUAGCUCUGGAUUACUUCAGUUGACCUUUGUGAAGGUUUUGUCUGUGUAGAGUGGUUGUUUGACUGGUUUUAACCUAUUAGGGUUUGGGGUUUUUUUUUUGUUUUUGUUUUUUUUCCACUCUAUAUUAAAGUAAAAUUCUAAAAGAAAAGAGGUGUGUGUUAAUGCUGAGUGGGCUGGUUUAGGUUUGACUUCUUUUAGUCAGGCUUUGUGAACACUGAGAUGUUAGAUGAUGCAUCCUGAACACGGAGCUCUUCGAUUCCAAAAUCUUCAUUUGAAGCCUUUUUACUUGAACCCAAACCAAAGUACUGUCAUUGCCUCUUUUUUAAACGUUCAGGAAUAACCUAUCACCGGUUCAGACUUCUCAUAAUUAGGGAGGAUCAUUUGCCUACCUUAUAAUAACAUGACUCAGUGCUUAUUUUUAAAACUGGAUUUUAAAAAUUAGUAUAAAUAACAGUAAGGAGUGAGCCACUUUUUACGGGCACCAUAUAGUUUUAUAAUUCUUAAUCUAAACUUAAAAUUUUAUAUUUCUUCCUUAUGGCAAAAACUACAAGCCACUAUGUGCACAGAUUACACCGUGAGUUGGGUUGGCUCUCCCACAGCCUCUGAGGUGAAUUACAAGAGUCCCAGCCAUUAUCAUCUUCCUCCUGUUGUUUCGAAAUGGUUUUUUUUUUUUUUUUUGUACAUUUUGGCUACAGUAUUGGUGGUAGAAUAUACUAUAAUAUGGAUCAUCUCUACUUCUGUAUUUAUUUAUUUAUUACUAGACCUCAACCACAGCCUUCUUUUUCCCCUUCCACCUCUUUGCCUGUAGGAUGUACUGUAUGUAGUCAUGCACUUUGUAUUAAUAUAUUAGAAAUCUACAAAUCUGUUUUGUACUUUUUAUACUGUUGGAUACUUAUAAUCAAAACUUUUACUAGGGUAUUGAAUAAAUUUAGUCUUACUAGAAAAUAAAA